AUGUCUCUCUCAACCCAGGUCCCGACCGACAUCACGGUGCAAAUAGUCGUCCCCAACGACUCCAAUCCCACAGGCCCGCCGCUCCUCUCAGCAGAGCGCCGCAUCACACCCACAUGGACGGUAUCCCAGCUGAAAACGAAAUUGGAGCCCAUCACGGGGAUCCCUUCGUCGUCACAAUCUCUCCGCACAAGAUCUCUAGACGGGACCUGGAUCGCGCUGGCAAGUGAUCCCUCUCUGCUCUCUGACCCCCGGUUCGGCCUCAGGAGGGGCUCCGAGAUUGAGGUGCAGGACACGCGGCCGCCUCAACUCCGACAGAACCUCAACUUCCUCGCGGCAGAUUUGAGUUCCGUGGAGAAGUACCAAAUGCCCGAGACGCAGUACGAGAAAUUGGAGGACUCGGUGCUCGCGUGGAAACGGCGCCAAAAGCUGGGCAGGUUCGAUCCCCACGCCAAGACUCAGUCUCAGAUGAUUGAGGAGCGGAGGUCCAAGGAUGAGAAGGAGAUGGACGCCCGGGGCAUCAAGGUGGGACUGAGAUGUCGUGUAGGGAAGGAUGAUGGGAGGAGAGGCACUGUGAGGUUUACGGGCGAGAUUCCCGGGCUGGGUGGGCAGAGGGAGGAAGGAUGUCUCUGGGUCGGUGUGGAGCUGGAUGAGCCCGUGGGGAGAAACGACGGGAGCGUCCAGGUCGAGUUGGAGGUCGGGGAGGAGGGUGCUAGUGGCAAGCGAGCGUAUGAGACGAGGAGGGUGUUCGAAUGCGCCGACAAGUAUGGUGUCUUCGCCAGGCCCGAGAAGAUCGAAGUCGGCGACUUUCCACCCCUGACUGAUCUGCUAGAUGAGGACAUGGAAGAAAUUUGA